AUGAGCUCCACCAAUGACGCGGUGUUUCUGCGUCGCAACAACCAAAUUCAAGAUGCCAUUGACUCGCAGAACAUGAAGCAGGCCUUACAGCUGAUCGAGAAGCGCAUGAAAAAAGGCGAGAAUACGCAGUUUUUAAAGGCGAAUGAAACCCAUAAAAAGAAAGGCAUUGCAGAGACCCUCGCGCUGUGCAACGCCGAUCCACCGGUCUCAGAUCUGGACUCUCUCGACAUACUCCACCGUACGCUACGGAACAUGGAUGACCAUACCGAGCUUCGGAGCGCCAUAUGGGAACGAGCUGCUAAGGCAAAGCCACAAGAUCAUGACCUUCAGAUGAGAUGGUUCAAAUUCGGAUAUGAGGCUGGUGACUGGAAGUCAGCGCAGAAAGCUGCCAUGAGCCUUCAAAAGAACUUUCCUCGGGAGCGAAAGUACUAUUUUUGGGCUAUUUUCCUUUGUUAUCGUGUUUCAGAUGAUGCAGCUAGCUCGGAUAUGGACCGCAAGUUGUUUGGGACACUUGCCUAUCGCUUUGCUCAAAAGGCAGUAGCUGAGGUUCCAUCUAACCCGACUGAAUUGCUAAGCCCUACGAGAGCCAUACAAACCGCCGAGGAACUUCUCUUGGCCCUUCGAAUUUUCGAAUCGCAGAAUCGUUGGACAGAGAUUGUGCAGGUUCUUAAUAGCGAAAAUGCUGGUCUUAGCUCUCGGAUUGUUAACAACGAUAGGACCUUCAUGUUAACCAAAGUCAUGGGCUUAGGGGCUGCUGGACUUUGGGAAGAAGGGCACUCCUACGCCAAAAGCCUACUUGCCGUGCCCGAAGACGAAACAGAGCGCAUCACUCUGCAUGAGCGCGAUGAUUGGAAAUACUGGAACUUGCUCAUCGCAGCCGUGCGCCAUCUUGACAAAAACCCGGGGCUGCUCUCCGACACACAACAGCAUAUUGAGAAGUUCAUCGAAUUCAGCCCAAAGUCACGCAAUGCACACAUCGCUCUCAUGGACAUCACCCUAACCGGGUUCAAACGGGGCGAGCGGACAGAGGAUGAUCUGGUUGCUGCGUGCCAAAGAUACUUUGACCAACACAAGCACAAACUCUAUGCUUUCAAAGACUUACGAGGGGUCUUGGAGACCCGUGAUGAUACUUUGAUUCACCGAGUAUCUCAACAUUGUAUGGACAGUGUCGAAGGGAAGCCUGACGAUGCCAUUCCAUUGAUCAAUGCGUACAAGAUGCACUAUUGCGACCGGAUUUCAGGCAACAAUGACGCAUCGAAAUCCACCAUUGAGACUCUUGUUCGUAAUUGCCUUUACUUUUACGAUGCAUUCACUCUUUUAGCGAAGACCCAGGACGCAAAGAAAGGGAGCCAACCAGAUACUGCUUCUGCGAUGGAAAGUCGGCCCACAGACGAUUUCUGCAUCAUUGCUGCAAUGGCCCUUCUUCAGCCCAGCCCAGCUGGCCAGGUAUCUAAGAAACUCAGCAACACUGCCCUGAUCCGCGCCGCUGGGAUUCUGGAACGUCUUCUAAUCGAUUCACCCCAUAACUACGAGGCGAUUCUUAUGUUGAUUCGCAUUUAUCUUCUUCUCGGUGCUGGCUCCAUUGCUUUGAGGUGGUUUGGCAAGCUGUCUGUCAAGCAAAUGCAGUAUGAGAGUGUUGCUCAUAACCUCUUCACCCGCUUUGCCACCAUUCACCCUCAUGCUGCACCUCCUAUCGAGGGCGCGGAGUACAAGGACUUUGACCCGCAAGUUGCAUUUAUCGCUGCUCUCGACUUUUAUCGUGCUGCAAACUUCACUAUCAAAAACUCUUUGAUAAAAGGGCUUGAUGAUGGGGUCUAUGUCAAUCUAGACGAUACAAUCGAGCUUCAAAAGCGUAUCAGGGACAGUAUCUGCCGGAGAAUGUGGGCCUUAGACUUGCGUCGGAUGCAAAGAAUCCGCAAAGGAAAACACCUGCCUCUCCAUGAAGACACUGCCCAAGAUACAUCACCGGUUCAAGACCAGCGGAAGUAUGAUGGCUUUAUGAAUCUGGAACGUUGUGACCAAUCUCCAUUUGAGCAUCGGUUGCGCGCAGGCCCGAUUCCUGGGGAAAACUGGCUGGCAUCCGCCCGGCUCACUGAUCGACUUUUCAGUGUCCUCGAGAGCAUCGGCAGUCAGAAGCCAGUCGCCUUGAAACUAGAGCUGCCUAACCUCGGCGGAUUGUCGCUCUCCCAGACUGACGAUGAUCAUACUGAUGCCGAGAGGGAUUCGACCAAGAUUCACGUAGAAUUGUUGAAAGUGGCUAUGUUUAUGGCUGGAUCCAAGGCCCAUACUUCCACUGAAAUUGAGACUGCUCUUGGCGAGGUAGAGGAUUGGUUGAAGGCUAAGAGAACAGAUCUAGCCCUGGAAGACCCCAAGAGGUCCUCUCUUAUGAUGAAAACGACCAUCGAGUUUACUCCAGGCACCCCAGGCGCACCGACAUGGGAGUAUUUCCAUGCCAUGUGGGCUCUUGUAGAGACUCUCAAGGCUCUAUGGAAUAUGCUCGAGCUGGAUUCUCGAAAGACUCUGAAGACCGCCAAACUCCCUGCCGAACAAAUAAAGCGACUGGACACCCUUGUCCGUGAAGUUUUCGAGGAUGUCCGUUCGAACACCCGAAAUUUGAAACAGGGUCUUGCCGAAUCAGCCACUCUCAGUACACUCAUCGACAUGGUCAAGCUUGGUGAUACAACUGAUGAAUACGAGAAGCCUCUUCAAGAUGUUAUGGAAAAGGUCAUGGAUGAAUCUGCGCUCGAAUUGUUCUGUGGAGAGCUGAGGGAGAGCUGGGAGGAGGCACUUGAUGCAUCACUCGCCUACCGCACCAACGCCAAGACCCCAUUUUGCGGUUCCAAGGCAAAAGACCAGGCGAUUUUCACACGGCUCCCUCACCUCCUCUUCGACAACCUCCGCCAACCCCUUCAGUCAACAACCGUCGAGAUGGCCGAACGCUCCGGAAUUGUGGUCGGCAUUAACGCGGGCCGGAAAACCACCGCCCUCAACACCCCCAAGACCCGCAUCUCGCGCACCAAGGGCAAGUCUUCCCGUCGCACCGCCUUCGUCCGCGAAAUCGCCCAGGAGGUCGUUGGUCUCGCUCCCUACGAGCGCCGCAUCAUUGAGUUGCUGCGCAACGCCCAGGACAAGCGUGCCCGCAAGCUCGCUAAGAAGCGCCUCGGUACUUUCGGCCGCGGCAAGGCCAAGGUUGAGUCCAUGCAGAAGGUUAUUGCUGAGUCUCGCCGCACCGCUGCUCACUAA